AUGGGUUCCGCACCACCUGCUAAAGCCACCGAUGCCGUCUUAGUAGCCUCCGAGCCUGUUCCUGAGGAGUCCCGACAGGUCAAAGGCAUCGACUGGAUGUCCUUGCCGGACGAACAACGGACUAUUAUCUCGAAUUUUGUCGACCAACUCACUGGACAAGGUUUCCAAUCCAGUUCCAUAGGCGAUGCCAUCCGCAUCAUCAAUGACAUGAGAUCAUGGAGAGAUCCCGAGUCGGGCGAGAAAACCACCAUUUUUCUGGGUUACACCUCCAACAUGAUAUCAUCAGGCCUGCGCGACACAUUUCGCUACCUGGUGCAGCAUCGCCACGUCUCGGCCAUUGUCACCACCGCUGGGGGAGUUGAGGAAGACUUCAUCAAGUGUUUGGCUCCCACGUACUUGGGCUCCUUUUCUGCCUCUGGGGCUGCCCUACGAGCCAAAGGACUGAACCGCAUCGGUAACCUCAUCGUUCCCAACAACAACUAUUGCUCCUUCGAGGACUGGAUCAUACCCAUCCUAGACAAAAUGCUGGCGGAACAGGAAGAGGAGUUCGCCAGGUCUGGAGAACGGUUCUUGUGGACUCCCAGCACCAUCAUCCAUCGCCUAGGCAAAGAGAUCAAUGAUGAAUCAUCGGUUUACUAUUGGGCAUACAAGAACGACAUUCCGGUGUUUUGUCCGGCCUUGACGGAUGGCAGUCUCGGAGACAUGAUCUAUUUCCAUUCUUUCAAAGCCUCCCCCUUGCAUCUGGGCAUCGACAUAGCCAAGGACAUUCGGAAAAUCAACACGAUUGCCGUGCGGGCGAAACGAGCAGGCAUGAUUAUCUUGGGAGGCGGAGUCGUCAAGCACCACAUAGCCAAUGCGUGUCUAAUGCGGAAUGGCGCCGAAAGUGCGGUCUACGUUAACACUGCACAGGAGUUCGAUGGGAGCGAUGCUGGUGCCCGUCCGGAUGAGGCAGUGAGUUGGGGCAAGAUCAAAGCCGACGGGGACAGUGUUAAGGUCUAUGUUGAAGCUACAAUAAGCUUCCCCUUGAUUGUGGCCGGGACCUUUGCCAAACCAGAACCAAGACCAUGA